UUAACUCACACUGGGCUCCAUCUCACCUGCUAACCGGUGUUUUUAUUGCUUUCCAAGAUUUUCUGCACGUCCAGCAAAUUCCAGUUUUCAAAUCAUGGAGGGAGAACAGAUUAUGGAGGGACAGCCACAGGUUCCAGAAAAUCCGCAUUCCGAAUACGGUCUCACUGAAAAUGUAGAGAGGAUAGUAGAAAAUGAGAAACUAAAUGCGGAGAAAACAUCAAAGCAGAAGGUUGAUCUUCAGUCGUUACCCACACGUGCCUACUUGGAUCAGACAGUUGUACCUAUCUUGCUACAGGGACUUGCUGUUCUUGCAAAAGAGAGACCGCCAAAUCCCAUUGAAUUUCUAGCAGCAUAUCUUUUAAAAAACAAGUCACAAUUUGAAGACCGAAAUUAGCUCCAUAAAAAUGAGGACAGUUUGGCUGCUAGACUGAAAUGCUCAUUUGCCGCUGUUUGUUUUCUGCUGUAAAAAUCCUUUGGCCACAUUGUUGUCUUUCUUAACUGCACAGUUUGCUUUACCUUUUGAGUUAUUUAAUAAAGAACACUUUACAUUUAAUUUGUUCUCUUGUUUUAAACUAGGUAUUAAGAGACUUUCAAAAUAAACUACUGAAACUGCA